CACAGUUCAUCGUCUUCUUCCUCCCUCGACCUUUGACCUUAUUUUGAGCCUCAACACCAGGCGAAAAAAAGUAGUACCUAGCGUCGGUCACCUCAUCAUCCGCUAUCCCUCUUCUUUAUCUUAUCCUCUCCUAUCCGUCCCUUAGUUACCUAUUACUUGGGCUUGUUUACCUCCCUCCUCCCACAUACCUUAGCACUUAAUUGAGGUACGCGCACCAUCAAGCAAGGAAUACAAACACACCCACCACCCCCUUUGCGCCUUGCCCUAUCCAAAGGUACUUCACCUUGAAUCAAGGCGCAACACACACACACCAAUCCCCAAGCGAUCGCGUGUCAAGCGUCUGCAACCCGCGUCUGCGACUGCGACUGCGACUGCGACUGCGACUGCAACUGCAACAGCAACUGCGUGUGCAUCCGGUACCUAACUGGGUGACCUUGGCGUUUUCGGCGGAGAAACGAGCGAACGAGCCCCAAGGGCCACGCCAAGCCGAGCAAAGCAAAGCAAAGCAAUAGAGAAGUUGAGAAGCAGAAGACGAAGAAGAAGGAGAAGAAGAAGAUCCUGGCCAAACAGAAGCCCAAAAAGCAAAAGCACCAGCCCGCUUGCGCCCAUCCCGCAAGGAGCCCGCCACAUACCUUUGCCAUACCUUACCUUAGGUACUUCGAACGGAGAGCAAGGUACCUUACCAUUGACUGGGACCACUCGCCCUCCCCCACGCCCACGCCCACGCCCCUACAUAACAUCCGCCACGGCAUUUUUUCUGUACUGGUCACAGCGUGCGACUUUUUUUUUUUUUCUUCCUCUUCUCUCUCUCCCGGCUGCUCGCAUUUCCCUCCUCCCAACCUGUUUUUUCCAAAAGACCCAUUUUCGGAGGGGGUCUCUGCACGACUAUUAACGACGAGCGAUCCGAACGAGCGAACGGCCGUCACAUCCACACACGAGAGAAAUUCCUUGCGACUUUUCUAGUUGCAUGCUGCGUGUUUGGUGAACUGCAACCUUGCACACACACAUACAUACACACACACUGACUGCAUCGCCUCGUCCGCUACAUCGCAAUCAAGGUUGCUGCCGUCGCCUCCGUCCCCGACGCCGCUUUUGCGUCUUAGGUUGCUGUCACUUUGGUUUUGGCGAAAGGCACACUGACUGCUUGCUCCGCAUCGCCCGCCAUUUCCUGAGGUCGCCAGGUCCCUGUCCUCACUCGCGUUGUCCACACACGUCAGUCGGUUCGGUUUUGUCGAGGGCUUUUUUUGCUGCAUCUACCAACUGCCCCCCUUGCCAACCCAACCUGCAUCUCCCUCACACAUCCGCAUUACCGCCUCCCGCCUUUUCCUCCUCCUCCUCUUCCUUCCUCCCGCUCCCCGUCGGCACAUCACACUGGUUACUGGUCAUCAAAUCCAGUACCUGCCGUCAACGGGUCUACACCUCGAAAAAAAUAUAUCACGAGAAAAAGACAAUGAGCCAGCAACAACACGACAUGUAUCUCGACUACUCAGCCCCCCCGAAUCGCUCCCCGAGCUCCUCGAGGCAGUAUGCGGGCGGCUUCCAAUCCGGUCUGUCCCUCCCUCGUCAGGCCCAGCGACCUUUCGAUAACGGCUUGGGCUCCUCUGCCCUGUUUCCUUCCGACCGUCUUGGCUAUAAUCCUAGAGCCAUGGAUCAAAUGUCUGCGAAUGGAAUGCCCGGGGGAUAUAUGCUGGACAAUAGCCAGGCCUGGAACUACAAUGCUGGUGGUGUUGCGACCGUCAACGGUGCCAUGAACGGUGCCAAUAGACAGAGGAGCGUCAAUCGCCGAGCCGCUCUCCCCACUAACUGGACCGAUCAAGGACUCGGCAUGCACGGCUCAUAUGGCUCCGGCCUCAACGGUGGAAUGUCUAACGGCCUCCGCUAUGAUGGACAGGGUGAUAUGCGCCCCAGCUCGCAGACGGAGGAGCAGCUGAUUCCUACCGCCAUUGUCAUCAAGAACAUUCCCUUUGCCGUGCGAAAGGAGACGCUUGCCGCCGUCAUGUUGGAAAUGCACCUACCCCAGCCAUACGCCUUCAACUACCACUUCGACAAUGGCGUUUUCCGUGGCUUGGCUUUUGCCAACUUCCAGUCCCCCGAAGAUACCAAGAUUGUCAUUGAUGCCAUGAACGGAAUGGAGGUCCACGGCCGAAAGCUGAGAGUCGAGUACAAGAAGAUGCUGCCAGAAGCCGAGCGAGAGCGUAUCGAGCGUGAGAAGAGGGAACGACGUGGUCAACUCGAAGAACAGCACCGCGCCCCGAUGCUGCACCAACAGCCGUCUCUGCAGACCCUGAACAGCGUCUCCAGCAACCCUCCCCGCGCUCCCCUCGAUGGAGAUAUCGAUCUCAACGAUCCCGAGACUCUGGAGUUCUACACCGAGCUUACUCUUUUCAAGCGUGAUACCAACCGUGAAAUCCUCAUCUUCCCCAACUCGGUCGCCCCCGAGCAGCGCCGUCGCAUCCACAUCCUCGCCCAUCACAUGGGCCUCGAGCAUAACUCUGUGGGAGAGGCCGAGUCGCGCCAGAUUCACGUCGUCAAACGCCAGCUUCCCUCACCCACAGCCCAGAUCCACUCUCCCGCUGUCGGCCUGGACUACCACAAGAAGGGCCUCAGCAGGGCAGCCACCUUCGAUUUCGCCGCUGAUAGAGAGGCCCGGAGCGCUAGCACCAACUACUCCCAUGCCAUGGGCCGUCAAGGUCCGACCCUUGAGCUUCCUGGAAGCCCUGAUGGAAAUGGCCUUGCCAACCUUCGCGCUGCCAAGAGCUUCGCCGAUCUGCGAUCCUUCAGCCCUAGCCCGUCCGCAUCCUCCUCGAGCUACUUGACGGCCAUGAACGGCAUCGGGAACAUUCCCCAGUCUGGCAACUCGGGGGCCCGCUUCGGCGAUUACAAUGGAGGUGUCAACCAGUCCGCCGCGCUUGCCACUCCCAACCUGACGCCUACUUCGGGUACGGUCGGCACUCCUGGUACCGACAGCAGCCUCCUCAGCUCGCUUGGUGGACUCAACCUUGGCUCCUACGAGUCGGCCGCCCAUUCUCAGGCCCGAAGCACCCCUGGUGCCAUUGGAAGCCAGCGCCCUGGCGCCAACAGCGGCAACCGCAACGCCCCCGAGAGGCAGCCCAGAGGCCCCGAGUGGGAGACUUCUGCCGGCUUCAGCGGUCGCAACCGCUCCAACGGCCACAUGCAACGUGGAAGCGACUCUUCCGAUAACGCACCCCGUGCUGGAAGCGCCGGCGCAUCUCGAUUCCACUAGACAAGAACCAUAAUUCACCUCGCCGAGACUGCCACGACAACCAUUACAAUGAGGAAACGAUUCAUGACUCGCGACGCAUAGAGACUACAAACGAAAUUCGACGAGUUCACCGCAGCUCUCCGCAGCUCGGUAAUCGACAAAACCCCCCCUGUGUUAUACCUACCAUUGCUUUUCAUGAUGGACACUCUCCCCCCACAACCACACCCAUAUUGCUUAUAAUGAUGAUUUGUUGGACACGAGCCUUUGGCAGCGUCAUGAUCUUUCGCUCGGCCGUCUCGGAUUUGGUGGAUAGAAGAUUUUCCAGCGUCGCGGCGGCAUCCAGUUUUGGAUUCACGGCACCCGCCCGGCAAGGAAACCUUGGCUCAUGGCUGUUUCAACGACCAGAGAAGGAUGAACGGAAAAGAAACUUGGAUACAAGAAAAUACCUGAUAUGGGCAACCAUUUCGACAUGGCAAAAAAAGGCCCAUGGGCGGUCCCCCUAUACCCUCCUGUUUCCCCGCCAUACCUCCUUUCAUGGCGCGCGGGAGCAUAUGAACCACCCUUGACGAUGAAUACGCUGUUACGACCUUUUUAUGUCUAGAUAGCUGUACCAGCAUGCUCGACAAAAGCCGCUUCUUUUUGGAUGACGAGACCAUGCCCUUCGGCGACCAUGACUAUACCCACCUAAUUACCACGGUUCGGCAGGUUUUGAUCAAGACACGACCCAAGACUGAUGUUGCCCUCGGACUCUCUUUUGAAAGCCAGGAUUGGUUGUUUGUCGGCUUGAGAAAAUAAUGCUAGCUCUUUAUUGGGCUAACCGACGAAAAAAAAAAGUUUGAUUUGAUUUUGGGCGUCUUGAUGCGCCGGCAUUUCCUGAUAUUUUUCUUCGUCGUUUAGUAUUCAUGUCCCCCCAGCCUUCAACCCUGCACACUGCUCUCUGUGUCAACUUGCAGAGAGUCGCCCAUAGAAUGAACACUCCUGUUCCAUCAUGGGUGAUCUUUCGGGGACGACUUUGGCGGGGACAUUGGCGUUGAGGCUGCAUUGGGGGCCAAUUGGUCGUGUUUCCUGGUCUUGGACCUGCUAGAGUUUUCCGUGUCUUUUUUUCCCUCUUAUUUUCGUUGGAUUUACAUGCAUUUGCGAGCAUCUGAGGCAGGAUGACAGGACGAGAGAUCAAUGAACGAUCCAAUGUCGAUAUAUUUUCCAGGAGAGAACAACACACGGGAAAGAGAGAGAUGAGAUGGCAGAUGCGAGGACUGGCCAAACUAUUUGCGUGUAAUGUGUCAUGGGGCACAAAGAUAAUUUCGAUGAAGAGAGGAUGAUGAUGUACCGAGAGAGCCGCACACACUAGGCAGCUAUGCUAUUUUGCGCCUUGUCAAAUAUACUGCGU